UUUUUUUGUCUCAUCUCUUCGUUUCUGCAGCCAAAGCCGGAGAACGCAGUGACCAUUGCAGUUUCCUCUCGGGUUUUAUUUCGGACUGAACGGGAGCAGAAGGUGUUUGAGCAGAAAGGGGUGGAAGAGUACCUGAGGUACCAAAUCGAGCAUGAGAACGAGCCCUUCGCCCCCGGACCGGCUUUCCCCUUCGUCAAGGCUCUGGAGACGGUAAAUGCACGUCUGCGGGACCUGUACCCCCAAAGUGAAGAACUGUUUGACAUUGUUUUGGUGACGUACAACCAUGCCCACGUAGGAAUCCGACUCAUCAACACCAUCAACCAUCACA